GCUGCUGCUGGCUGCAGAAGGAGUGAAGACCCAAGAAGCCAUGGCUGUGAAUAAAUGUGUCAAGUUCCUCCUCUUCUUCUUCAACCUGCUUUUCUGGCUGAGUGGUUGCAUCAUCCUCGGCGUCUCCAUCUACCUGAAGGUGGACAAGGAUCAAAAUGUGAUCACCAAUGAGGCGAUCCCGGGCAUCGACCUGAUGAUCGCCAUCGGGGUGAUCAUCAUGAUGCUGGGGUUCCUGGGCUGCUGGGGGGCCAUCAGGGAGAACCGCUGCAUGCUGCUCAUGUUCUUCAUCAGCCUCCUCGUCAUCUUCAUCCUCCUGCUGGCUGCUGGCAUCCUGGGGGCCGUGGAGGGGAAGAAGGUGAAGGACUGGGUGAAGCAGCGUCUGGACAAACUCACGCCGCUGUCAUCGCAGCCGGCCAACGUGAGGGACGACCUGGAGAAGCUGCAGGCCAAGCUGAAGUGCUGCGGCCUCGCCAACGGGCCGGCGGACUGGGAUGUAACUCCUCCCUCGUGUCGCUGCAACGCCACCGUGCCGGAGUGCCUCUCCGGCGUGUACAGCACGCCAUGCUCCACCCAACUCAUCACUCUGACAGAGAAAAACAUGGAGGUGGUGCUGGGGAUCGCCUUCGCCAUCGCCAUUCUGCUGAUCUUCGGGAUAGUCUUCUCUAUGGUUCUCUACUGCCAGAUUGGCAGGAAGGACGCCAUCAGCACCGCCUGAUCGCCCGCCCCGCCUGGCCCCGCCCCCCUCCUCGCCUGGCCCCACCCCCCCAUGACCACAUGACCUCAGUACUACUGUAACUUUAGCUGUACCUUUACUGUGGAGUGUCACAGGCGUCGUGGUGGCAUCUCAAAGCAUCAACAAGUGCUGUAGAAUCAUCUGAAUGGACUAAAAGAAACUAGUAGAAAAUAUUGGAGGGUUCCUUUAACUCCAAUUUCAUUUCCUAUUUUGUGGCCUAAAGGAACAAGAAUUUGGAAAAAUGAUGUCAAAAACAAUUUGUGAUGUUUGAGGCUCGUUUAACAAUAUGAAGCUUACAUUAAUAUCUCGCAUGAAUGAUUCUCGUAUCUAAAAUCUAAAGGUUUUAUUUUCUGUAUGUAGCUGAAAUGAAGGUGAACAAGCUUCCAUACGUGUCUGUGCACAUACACACAUGUGUGCAUGUGUGCACAGACACACAUGUGUGUCUGUGCACAUGUUCACUGCUGUCUGCUGCUUGGAGAAUUUCACACAAUGAUCCUCACAAAGUGUUUUGUUCCAUUAGAAAGUAUAAAACAUUCACUUAUCACAACGCUGUUAUUAUUAAAAGUGCUUUAAACUCGUUA